GUACGCUUUGUAAAGAAUAUAACCACUUGGAACGAGAUGAAACCAGGGUUUUAUCAUGGACACAUUUCUUAUCUGGAUUUUGCAAAAUUCGGUGUGAAGAAGAAGCCCAUUUACAUUAAUGUCAUCAGGGACCCUAUCGAGAGGCUUGUUUCCUACUAUUACUUUCUGAGGUUUGGGGAUGAUUACAGACCAGGAUUAAGGAGACGGAAACAAGGAGACAAAAAGACCUUUGAUGAAUGUGUGGCUGAGGGCGGCUCAGACUGUGCUCCGGAGAAGCUCUGGCUCCAGAUCCCAUUUUUCUGUGGCCACAGCUCAGAAUGCUGGAAUGUGGGAAGCAGAUGGGCUAUGGAUCAAGCUAAGUAUAACCUCAUUAACGAGUACUUUCUGGUGGGAGUUACUGAGGAGCUGGAAGACUUCAUCAUGCUACUCGAGGCAGCUUUGCCCCGGUUUUUCCGGGGUGCUACAGACCUCUAUCGUACAGUAGGAAAGAAAUCCCACCUGAGGAAAACCACAGAGAAGAAACUUCCCACCAAGCAAACCAUCGCGAAGCUGCAGCAGUCUGACAUUUGGAAAAUGGAAAAUGAGUUCUACGAGUUUGCACUAGAGCAGUUCCAGUUCAUCAGAGCCCACGCUGUCCGUGAGAAAGAUGGAGACCUCUACAUCCUGGCCCAGAACUUUUUCUAUGAAAAGAUUUACCCGAAGUCGAACUGAGUGAAAGUGUGACCAGAGCAGUCUUGAACCUGGACUUGGCUGUGUUGUCACCGUUGUUCUCAGCUUCUGCACCUGUUCUGCUAAUCGAGUCCAAGCCGAGCCAGUUCUUGUUGGGCCGAGUUGGGGAACAGACAGGAGUGUCAAGAAAUUAGAUGCUGAAUGGGAUGUCAGUGUUCUAAGGAGUUCUUAAGUUCUUAAGUGUGAUGAAUUGUUAUUUCUUUUGUUACUUUGUUUUCAUUUUCAUGAUAGCUAUAAUCUCCCAGUGAGGAGAAAUCUCAUGUCACUUAAAAUACACACAUGGAGGUUUAAUCAGAAGGCUGAAUACCAUUUCAGAAGAGGUUCUGUGAUUCUCUUGCUUUUGAUGAAGCAUUUUUUUCACCUCUCUUUGGAUGCAGAUGAGUCUGUAUGGCACUUGGAGUUUUGUGUUGCACACCCCUACUGGAUAGUGCUAAUAACUAUUUGCCAGUAGCUGAUUUGUUUAUGUGGAUCAUGUCUCACAGAGUUUAUUGGAAUGUUUGAUCAUGUUUUCUCAGAACUGUUUUUGCUGUAGUUGAGUUUGCCCAUAUUUAUGUAGGCUUUAUUUUAUUUUUUGGAUGAUCAUUAGUGUUAAAGAAAUCAACUGAAAACCAUGAAUAAUACUGUAAAAAGACAAAACAGUUAAAAGCAGUAUUCCUGAUUUCUGUCUCCCCAGUAUCUAAUAUUGGGGUGGUAUUUCUAAGAAUGUUGACAACAUUAUCUGAGGCUUUCUUAAGGAUUUCCACACAUUCAUAUAAAAAAAAUGAGUUUAGUAUUUGUUUCUCCAUGGCUUCUCUAUAACCCAGUACACUGAAGUAUCGGUGACUGCAUAUGGCAACUCCAUCAGUGAGCUGUGAUGGUAGGAUUUUCCUACCUCUGUACUUUUACCUGUAGACUAUUUUUACUACGGUGCUUUAUAAUGUGUUUUAAAGCAUUGCAUUUACAAAAGAAAAAUGCUGUAAAUAUUGCAUAUUUUAUGUAUUUGGACCAAAAAGUUACAAGUCAGUAGAUAAAAAGUGGUUUUGCACCAAUUUUAUUAUGUCGAGUAAAUUCAUCAGACUAUUCUUGUAUUUCUCAUUUAACUUUGCUGUUAUGAUGUCUCUGACAUGAACUAACCUAGCCUUUCAAUUUUGAGAGAGAGCAUUACUCAGCCUGAGGCAAUAGUGAUAAUGGAAAGGGUACUAGACAGUCUAAACAUUUGAUCUCUGGUUUCAGCUCUCUACCUUCCAGUGGUGUGGCGUCAGGCAAGUCACUUAACCUCUCUUUGCCUCGGUUUCCUCAUCUUGAGUUGAGGAUACUAAUGCCUACUGUGCCUACCUCACAGAGCUGUUGUGAGGACUACGGUGGCAUGGUGAGAGCACUUUGGAAUUGUCAAGUGGUGUUUAAAUGGAAGUAUCACUAACAUAAGUUUCAUACUGUCCAUUCUUUUAACAACAAAAAGGGAAAAUUCACUUUUAAGCUUUAUGAGAAGAAAAAAACUUUAUCUUGGCAUAAAUUUGUGUUUGAUAAAUAUCCUCUUCAUGUUUAUCUUCUGUGUUUCAGCAACUAUUGAAAUGUGAAACACCUGUGAACUCUAGUGACUCGGGACCUUCUUUAGCUGUUGAGGAACAGAAAAACCUUUUGCAAACUUGAAAGAUGUUCCUGUUUUCAUAUGAUCUUGUCAUUCAAAAAUGGUGGCUAUUUUACACCUAUGGAUUUUAAAAGUCCGUUUUGUAGAGUUUAAUUUGCCUCUUAAUUCUUCACCUUCUCCCUCUUCAGAUUCAGAAAUCAGAUUUCUUUUAGACUUUUUUAAAGGAGUAAUUAUUUAUAUGUUUAGUUUAAAUACUUCUGAACAGGACCUCAUCAAACAAAGCAUUUUUGACAGAUGGCUACAAAGUCACUUAUUGUGUAAUGAGAGGAGCAAAGAACGCUGUGUAUCAGAAAGCACUUAGAAAGACUAAAGGAAUGACAGUGUCACCUGCUCCACCACUGUGAAUGAAAAUAGUAAGAGGACAUAGCAGCAUUUCCCCUUAUCUCCCACCCCCCCUUUGCAAUCAAGAGUUCUAAGUAUCUGCUUAAAACAAGUAGGAUUUUUUUGUUUGGUUGGUGUUUUUGGUUUGGGGGUUUUUUGUUUGUUUGUUUUUGGGGUUUUUUUUUGUUUUGUUUUUGCCCAAAACUAAAGAGCCACUUCCAGACAGGCAGGCAUCUGGCUGUUGAGUAAAUCUAAGGUUAUUCUUGGGAGUUGGAGCAAAAAUCUUUUAGGUAAUUAGGGUAGCACUUAGUACACUAGCUGAGGCAUUCCAUAAACUGUUCUCAUAAAAGACUGGAGUAAAUAUGUCAGAUUCCUGUCCCAGCCACUCAGCUCGCAUUGUUGUAGAGAGAAGCUUCACAGACAAUGUAGAGACAGAUGACCAUGAUUAUAGCCCAGUUAAACCUUAAUUUACAAGACAGACUACAUGCUAGGUAUGGACCAUGAGCUGCAAGCCCCUGCACUAUGAGGAGUCAUCACAGAAGCCAUGUCUGUGUCUGAACCAAGUUCCCCAAUGCCUUUCUCUCCGACCCAGGGCUCCCAGAUUACAACCCAAGAACUGCUUUCUGACUCCGUCUCUCCCGUGGAGCCUUCCGUUUUAUGUACGUCACUUCCAGGAGACCAUGUCCUAAUUUAACAGUUCAAAAUUGGGAUAUUUCUUAUUUCUCUUUGGAAUGAAUGGGUUCAAAGUGUCCUUUCUAAGAACUGAGAAAAGGGUAGAUUUGUUUCUGUUUGAUUGAGUAUAGUCCCAGGAGUCUGAAUCCUUAGAAUAUAACUUUAUAAUCAAAUAAACAGAACCACUGAGACAAUGUGUAUUUUUUAAACGUGGCAAAUGUGCUUUUCUUUUCUUUCUUUUUUUUUUU